GAGAAGAGAAGAGAGGAAAAGGAAGGAGAAAGAGAAAGAGGGAGAGAGAAGAAGCAGAAGAAGAGAGAAAGAUAUAAAUGGAUAAAGGGGAGAAGAAGAGAAAAAAAGAUG